GAGCCCGUUCACGGACAUUCUCUAGCGCUCCUCUACUCCCUUGCGCAAUUAAGUGGCUGCAUUGACGCAUUUGAAGUAUUGCAUUCUUUCCUUCCGGUUUCAAAGGCAACGCGCGGAAUUUGAUAACGUAAGCUGCGGACGUCGAGAUUGUUCUUGAGCAUUUUUGUUGUUUUUAACGUUCAGUAGCAGUACUGUUGGAAUAUCGGUCAAAUAAUCAGCUUUGAUAAAUGAAAUUCGGUAAAUGAAAAGAAUUGGUAGCAGUCAAAACUAACUGAACGUCAAAGGACAACUUACCUAAGUCAUGGAGGAGACGAAAGAUCACAAUGUCCUCAGCUGCUUACAGAGGUUAGAGAUGGGAGCCCUUGGUUUCCAAAGUCGAGAUCCAGAGGAGGUACUGAAGAAGGAAAGACUACAUCAACUAAAGUGCAGAGCGUUGUCUCUCCGAAUGCAAAGAAACCAACUCAAAGCUCAAAUUCAGAAACUUAAGGAGGCAAAAGCUGCUCUUGAGGAUGGGAUUACUAUGGAUGGUAAUGACGAGGAAAACAGAGCCAAGAGUUCCCAACUCGCCCUACCACUGCUGAUGUCUCGCCACACCCAAUUGAAGGAUAUGCUCAGAGCCCAUCACCUCAUUGGUGGGUACGAUGUAGUAGAGGUGGAUUCUGGCAAGCGGGUUAGCUUCUCCUUAAGCACAGCCUACCAGGACACUUACCUCGACACCUACCACUUGGAGCUGGACCUGACCCGGGCUGUGCGCAUCCACCGCCAUGACAUCCCACCUUUCAUCCCACUGACAAAACUGGCCCAAGAGAACCUUGCCACUGACCUACCUGCCUUUCUUCACUCUCUCUGGCAGCAUGUCAAUGGACUGGCCAGCCGACAGUAUCAGCUCAAGCUUGUAAAGGAACAGCUGGAGACUGUGAGCGUGAUGGAGACCAACCCAUUGUGCUCUGUUCUGGUUCUGCUGUGUAAGGUUCCAGGAGAGGAGGAGACCGCCGUCCUUCUUUCACUACUGUAUGGAGAUGUACUCAAAGCACUACCCACUCAGGUUACCUUGGAGUCCAACAACAAAUUGCUGCCAGAUGAACCACAGUGGAAGGAGGUCAAGUCUCGAUUACUAGAAACUCCCCCUCACAUAGUCCUUUUGGCCCUGAGGAGCGAGGGGCGGAUAAUGUAGACCUUAGCCUACACCUUGCCGACACGGUCAUUACACUCCUGGCACAUUGUCAAUGAACUAUGAACGAGGCGAUGUUGAAGUGAGACUUCAUGGGCAAGAUACCGAUGAAUGAGGAAGAAUAUGGAGUUGUGUAUGUGUUGAAGAGGCUUGUAAAUAGUUCCUGAACUAGGAUAGUGUAAAUAUGUUUCCUCCCCUUUUAUAUGAACACCUCUUGAUAUAAUCAAUAACAUCAGCAAUACAAAAAAAACUAAUCCGACCAGAUAUUUCACAGCUACAUUUUAGCUGAUUUGGUGAAGCAACAGGGCAGGUUGAUUAAGACCGAGCUAAUUGUUUACCAGUAUCUGCUAAUAGUGUAAUGAGCUCAUUUAGGACCUUCAAGGGUCUUCAAAAAGGUGUGUAUUUUCUGUCUUAGUCUUUCCCUCUGUAUCUGCUUGAGCCGCUCUCUCUCCUGCCUCUGCCACUCUCUCUGGCUAGCUAGCUCCCUCUCACAGAUGCUGUUGAUACAAGCCAUAUUCUUCAGUUGGACUAGUGACAUAAUGGCACCAUCUUCGAACUCUCUCUCUUGGACUUGGGAGAGGGUUGGAGCAGAGCAAGAUCUCACAAGAGUAUCAGAAUUAUCCUGAGAAACCUCUGUGCCACAGAUCACUCUUCCCGGAGGGGCUGACUGGGUAUAGUGGCGAUGCCAUGGUUUCCUCCUAUGCCGAUGUUCCAUGAUUUCCCUCAUAGUGUUAUCAACAGUGGCAAUAGGCUCACACACCCGCACAUGGAGUAGUUUCCGGUGCUCCUGCCUCAGGGAGUUUAUGUCCUGCUGCAACAGUUUGAGAACUAGUGUCUGCCGGAUGCAAAGGUGGUUCAGUCUGUGUUGGAGGUAUGUUUCCUCUGUGCUGUUCAUCUGUCGAACAUCAACAUGCUGUAGAGGCUUGGGCUUCCGGUAGUUUGAUGGUUUUGUCAUUGUCAUCACUUGGGACACAGAAAUAAUAGUAAUCUUUACUUUAUUGUUAAUUUGUCAACAGAUAUAUAAAAAAAACAUAUAUGUUUUAUACUGUUAUUAAAUAAAUGAAUACAUCUUUCUAA